GCGUUCUUAAAGGGGCCGCCGCCCACCCACGGCUCCGGCCAGGUUCUCCGCUCCCAGCGCCGGGGGUCCCGGCGGCCGCAUGAGCCGCGCGCGUGGGGCGCUGUGCCGGGCCUGCCUCGCGCUGGCCGCGGCCCUGGCCGCGCUGCUGUUACUGCCACUGCCGCUGCCGCUGCCCCGCGCGCCCGCCCCGGCCCGGACCCCCGCCCCGGCCCCGCGCGCGCCCCCGUCCCGGCCCGCUGCCCCCAGCCUGCGGCCUGACGACGUCUUCAUCGCCGUCAAGACCACCCGGAAGAACCACGGGCCGCGCCUGCGGCUGCUGCUGCGCACCUGGAUCUCCCGGGCCCGCCAGCAGACGUUUAUCUUCACCGACGGGGACGACCCUGAGCUCGAGCUCCAGGGCGGCUCCCGAGGCCCGGGGAGGCCCCGACGCUGCCCAGGUCACGCGGCCUGCGGAGGGCCCACCCUGCCAGCCAAGCUCUGCUCCCCACCAGCCUCUCACACUAGCCGCUUCCCGGGGCGUGGGGCUAGUGCCACGUCCCCUGAAGAAGCACCAGCAGGGAAUCCGCCCUCCAGGCCAGGCGGCCGUGUCAUCAACACCAACUGCUCCGCGGUGCGCACCCGUCAGGCCCUCUGCUGCAAGAUGUCCGUGGAGUAUGACAAGUUCAUUGAGUCUGGGCGCAAGUGGUUUUGCCACGUGGAUGAUGACAAUUAUGUGAACGCCAGGAGCCUCCUGCACCUGCUCUCCAGCUUCUCACCCAGCCAGGACGUCUACCUGGGGCGGCCCAGCCUGGACCACCCCAUCGAGGCCACCGAGAGGGUCCAGGGUGGCAGAACUGUGACCACGGUCAAGUUCUGGUUUGCUACUGGUGGGGCCGGGUUCUGCCUCAGCAGAGGCCUUGCCCUCAAGAUGAGCCCAUGGGCCAGCCUGGGCAGCUUCAUGAGCACAGCUGAGCAGGUGCGGCUGCCGGAUGACUGCACAGUGGGCUACAUCGUGGAGGGGCUCCUGGGCGCCCGCCUGCUGCACAGCACCCUCUUCCACUCUCACCUGGAGAACCUGCAGAGGCUGCCGCCCGACACCCUGCUCCAGCAGGUUACCUUGAGCUAUGGGGGUCCUGAGAACCCACAUAACGUGGUGAACGUGGCUGGAGGCUUCAGCCUGCAUCAGGACCCCACACGGUUUAAGUCUAUCCACUGCCUUCUCUACCCAGACACGGACUGGUGUCCCAGGCAGAAACAGGGUGCCCCAACGUCUCGGUGACACCAACCACCCCUGACCCAGGGCUGCCUGGCUCUGUCCCAGGUGCGGGGAACCAGAGCCCCCUGUGGGUUCAGUGGGCUCCCUCAGGUGCCACGGCCACACCAGUGAGAUGCAGGCACCUGGCAGACCCUCUGGCUAGCCUGCAGCCCCCCUCUCCCAGCCCCUGGUGGGCUGCGGUGAUGGGUGUUUUGGGAGAACGAAGACAGCCAGGCUGAUGGCCAGGGCCAUGGUGCCCCUCCCCCCGACCCAGCCGCAAGGUUGAUCCCACGGGAACAGGCUUCCACCCCAGCACUUGAGCACCUGGGAGGGAGCUGCCUUCCGGGCUCCAUUACCUGUUGCUGAAGGCGGGUGCUAGGCUGGCUAGGUGCCAAGGAGCAGGCUCCAGGCCAAGGUCCUGGCCCAGCCAUGGCCAUUGCAAGGGCUCAGCCUGGCAGGCUUUGUGGGGGACGCCGCCCUCUCUGCCGCAGGCUGGGUGCACGGCCGGGCACCACAGUGGGACUCAAGCCCGGGAAGGUCAUGCUCUCGGCCAGAGCUUUGCUCCCAGUCCAGGCGCCUCAUUCGGAGGCCUCUUGACUGGGACCACAGAGAUGUUUUCUCCACUCUGACUUGUGGCUCAGGACUACUUUCUGGGUCGUGCUCCUGCCCCACUGUGCCUGGCCCCAUAAACAACAGGAGCCUGUUGUUCCGCUGACCUGCCCAUCCCAGCAGACCCACCUCCCCGCCUGGUGCCUUCCACGGAGGGAAAUGGGACAGGGGCCGUCAUCUCCCCUCUGCCUCCUGCUUUGCUGUUGCCGAGCACGAGUAAAGCCUCUGUUCUUACUUCA